AAUAUCAUGCGUACUCCCCGAAACAAGUGGUUCGUACUUCGUAGUCUUAGUGUUCUCGAGUCGCUGAUAUUGGUCAUACAGUUUUAUACGUCCCCGCGGUGGUGUGCCUGUACGAUUAUAAUAUAAUAUUAUCAUUAUUCACCAAAUGGCAUAAGCAGGCAGAAGUAUUUUGUAAUUUGUAUUUUAAAAGUAAUAAUAACCGUUCACCUAUAUUCUACAAUAGCCAGUUGGGAGCACGAGAGCCAAACAUUCGCGGUACAGUGUAAGUAGUUUAAGAAUAAAAAGUAGCAUAAUGUUUCGCUCUAUCAACAAGUUAUCAACACAUUUGAACAACCGUUACGUUAUGGGAACUCUAUCCAGAGGUAUAGCUGAAAAACGAUCGAGUAUGGAAGAGUAUUUCAAAGACAAGAGCUUCAUAGUGACUGGAGCAAGUGCUGGUAUGGGAAAAGUGAUUGCUGGAAGAUUGUUAGCUAUGGACGCGCACGUAUUUGCAGUCGGAAGAGAUAUAGAUAGUCUACCGAGUAUUCCUGGCCUAAAACUGACCAAAGUAACCGUGGAUAUUGGUGACUGGGAUUCAACAUAUAGUAAGAUCUUAGAAAUGGGGCCCGUUCACGGUUUGGUUAACAACGCCGGAGUGGCUCACAUCGAACCAUUUAUGGCGACGACACAACAAGGAUGGGAUGAUACAUUAAACAUAAAUUCCAGAGGAGUGGUAAGGGCAAGUCAAGCUGUAGCUGAAAAUAUGAUUGCGGCAAAAAUCAAAGGAUCAAUAGUGAAUAUAUCCUCAACCAUAUCUGAGAGAGCAAUACCAGAUCAUGUAGCAUAUUGUGCAUCUAAAGGAGCUGUGAACCAAAUUACAAGGACAAUGGCCGUAGAAUUAGGACCUCUCGGCAUAAGAACAAACAAUGUUAAUCCUACUGUUGUAUUGACCAAGAUGGGGUUGAUAGCGUGGUCUGAUCCGAAAAAAUCAGAACCGAUUAUGAAAAGAAUACCAUUAGGAAGAUUUGCACAGCCUAAUGAUAUUGCUGAUGCAGUGAUAUUUCUAUUGAGCGACUAUUCAAAAAUGAUAAAUGGUAUGAACCUAUACGUAGAUGGCGGUUUUAUGACUGGAUAAGUAUUUUUAUACUUUAUAUUGAUGUUGAGACUAAUAAAAUAAUCAUUAUAAAAUAUACAAUUAUACAAUAAAAUCUAUAUGAAUAAAUAAUUGUAAUAAUAUUA